AUUUGGUAUGAAUAUAGCUGACGCUUGGUUCUUUUUUGCUCACUUCGAGCCCUCCUUCGGCCCAUCUAUAACCACCGCAUUCGGUCGUAAUUGAUAGUACAUUGUGACAUAUCAGAUACAGAGCGAUGAUGAGGAACACCGUGGAAUAGAGGUUACUUUCUGCUGUGAAGUCAUCAGUCGGGAACCCAGCCGUGAGCAGUCGUAGUAUACUACAUGGUUAUCGCCGUACGGUACUCCCUCUUGUCAGACACACCGUCUUGGAACUCUCAAUUCCCUUCCGGCUGCAAAUUCCCACCUGCACUCGAAGCAGCCAAAACAUGGAUUUCUUUGAAAGUUGCGGCUUUGGUGGGCUGCUCAUACCACUCUUCGACACGCAGAUAAGUCUCCUCUGCUCACUUUCAUUUUCCAUCAUAUCCUCCGGACCAAUAGUUAUAGAAAUGCUCUUCGGGUCUCAGCCCGACGGAGACAUUUCUCUCUUUCAUUCAGAAACCAGUACCCUUCUUCUUAGUAAGUCGUCAAAAAACAGACAGGACGAGAUCUCGCUAGUGAAACUAUGUCGAGAUUCCAUUCCCUCGAAAUGCUCCCCUAAUAAACUUCUCUUCAACGGCCAUCUGCAAACAAUCUGGACGGUUCUGAAAUCCAGCCAUGUUCCCGUAUACUACAAGCGGAAAAUAUUCGAGUCGAACAACAGUCUCUAUCCAGGUCAAUUUGCAGUGGACUUCGUGGUUCCUCCCUACGAUUCAUCAUCAGAUGAUCCUGAAGUCAUCGACGCUGCGAGGAAAUACACCCUCCCUGAUGGAUUACCAUCUCUGACGGGGCUUUUUACGCAUAACGAGGCUCAAGGAUUAUCAUCACAGGACUCCAAGCCGAUGCUGGUCGUUCUGCAUGGUCUUUGUGGAGGCUCUCAUGAGGAAUAUCUCAGACAUGUAUUGGCUGCAUUGACAGCCGAUGGUAGCUGGGAAGCAUGUGUACUCAAUGCUCGAGGCUGCUCUCAAACAAAGAUUACUACCGGUGUACUCUACCAUGCUGCGGCAACGUGGGAUUUACGACAGACCGUCGAAUGGCUACGUGAAACGUUUCCAAAUCGUCCUCUAUUUGGUAUCGGAUUUUCACUCGGUGCAAACAUCCUUGCUACGUACUUAGGACAAGAACAAGAGGCCUCUCAACUUAAGGCAGCGGUAUUCUGCGCAAAUCCAUGGAAUAUCGAAAUCUGUUCUGUCAAUCUACAAAAUUCAAGAAUCGGUCUUGGAAUAUACAGUAAAGCAAUAGGUACAAGUACAAGACGGCUUUUUGAACAACAUUACUCAAUCCUUUCCAAGAAUCCACACAUAGAUAUUGAUGCAGCACGAACGAUCGUCUACCAGCAUGACUUUGACCGAAUCAUACAAUGCCCAACCUGGGGCUAUCCAACAGAAAGAGCUUAUUAUCGAGACGCAUCUUGCGUUGAUGCUAUGCUAGCUAUCAAAAUCCCCUUCUUUGCAUUAAACGCAGAGGAUGAUCCAAUCGCUACUCGUCACGCAAUCCCAUAUCAGGAAUUCAGAAAAACGCCCUACGGAGUCCUGGUCACUACACCGUGGGGUGGACAUCUUGGUUGGUUUGAACGUAAUGGCGAGAGAUGGUUCGUUAAACCUGUGUGUAAUUUUCUUAAUAAGAUGGCGAGUGAAAUCGAUCUUGAGUCGCCGUUGGUUAUACGAAAGUCCGGGCGGGAAUCUGGCAAAUCGCUUGCUUUGGUUGGGAAGAAGAAGAAGAAGAACUUGCACGUGGGACCCAAGCAGGGGGUUUUUGAUCCUAUGAGGCGAAAAUUACUGCCGCCAGGUUCUGAACUUAAGGAUGCAAGUUAGUAUACUAUGUAGAUAUAGAUUGGAGUUUACUUUAUAUAUAGAGAGAGAGUUUCGGUAGCAAUCCUUGCCAGA